CCGCGCGCUCCGCUCCGCGCGUCCCGCCCCGCGCCGCUCCGCGCUCCGCCCGCCGCCGGCGCCGCCGCCCUCCCGCCGCAGCACCACACUGAGACAACGAGAUAAUAUACUUAGCUCUUAUUAUUAUUAUUAUUUAUUAUUAUUAUUGCUGCCGCUAUUAUUAUUAUUAUUAUUAGCGAUAAUAAUUUCUCGCUGCACAAACGUCUAGCAGUGUGCUUUGUGGAUCUUCCAAAAAAAAAAAAAAAAAAAAGAAAAGAGAGAGAAAAAAAAUAAUAAUAAUAAAAUAAUUCCCUGAAACCUUAGCAAACCGUUAGAAGAGUUGAAGCCUUUCAAGACACCCAAUAUUUGCCAUUAAGAAUGGUUAUGAUAAUUAGCACCAUGGAGCCUCAGGUGUCGAAUGGCCCUACUUCCAAUACAACCAAUGGACCCUCCAGCAACAGUAGAAACUGCCCUUCCCCCAUGCAGACAGGGGCUGCUACAGAUGACAGCAAAACCAACCUCAUAGUCAACUAUUUACCCCAGAACAUGACCCAGGAGGAGUUCAGGAGUCUCUUCGGGAGCAUUGGUGAAAUCGAAUCCUGCAAGCUCGUGAGAGACAAAAUCACAGGGCAGAGUUUAGGGUAUGGAUUCGUUAACUACAUUGAUCCAAAGGAUGCAGAGAAAGCCAUUAACACUUUAAAUGGACUCAGACUCCAGACCAAAACCAUAAAGGUGUCAUAUGCCCGUCCAAGUUCAGCAUCCAUCCGGGAUGCCAACUUGUAUGUCAGCGGCCUUCCCAAAACCAUGACCCAGAAAGAAUUAGAGCAGUUAUUCUCACAAUAUGGGCGCAUCAUCACCUCACGGAUUCUGGUUGAUCAAGUCACAGGGGUUUCUCGAGGUGUGGGAUUUAUCCGUUUUGAUAAGAGAAUAGAGGCAGAAGAAGCCAUAAAGGGACUAAAUGGCCAGAAGCCUAGCGGUGCUACAGAACCAAUUACUGUGAAGUUUGCCAAUAACCCCAGCCAGAAAACAAGCCAGGCACUCCUUUCACAGCUGUAUCAGUCUCCCAACAGACGCUACCCUGGACCACUUCACCACCAGGCUCAGAGAUUCAGGCUGGACAAUUUGCUUAAUAUGGCCUAUGGCGUAAAGAGGUUUUCUCCGAUCACAAUUGAUGGCAUGACGAGCCUUGUGGGAAUGAAUAUCCCUGGUCACACCGGGACUGGAUGGUGCAUCUUCGUCUACAACUUGUCUCCCGACUCGGAUGAGAGCGUGCUGUGGCAGUUGUUUGGUCCCUUUGGAGCGGUCAAUAAUGUCAAGGUGAUCCGUGAUUUCAACACCAACAAGUGCAAGGGAUUUGGCUUUGUCACCAUGACCAACUACGACGAAGCUGCCAUGGCGAUUGCCAGCCUUAAUGGAUACCGUUUAGGAGACAGAGUAUUGCAAGUUUCCUUUAAAACCAAUAAAACCCACAAAUCCUGAAUUUCAUAUCCUUACUUACUAAAAUAUAUAUAUAUAAAUAUAUAUACGAACAAAACAAAACAAAAAAAAAAAAAAACUCUUCAAGGCUUAUAUUCAACCAUGGACUUUAUAAGCCAGUGUUGCCUAAGUAUUAAAACAUUGGAUAUCCUGUGAGGAACAGGAAAGGAUUUUAUAAUGCUUAGAAAAAAAAAAAAAAACCUUUGAUGCAUUGAAUGUUCUUUCAUAGCUGUCGUUGUUGAAUAUAAUAUACAUAGAUAACAAUGUGCAGGGAUUUUUACCCGGCCAGCUAGUUUUACUACCUUCCUUGAAGGUGGGUCUUUUUAAGAUGACCAUUCACUCAUUUGAAAAAAUAAUAAAACAAAAAACAAUUUUUACGAACUAAUGGGAUUAAAAGCGAGAAAAAAAAAAAAAAGAUUUUUGUUUUCUUUUCUGUUUUUUCAAAACAUUGAUUGAAUCAGAUUGGUAAACCCCCCACACAAAUUAAAGAGGAACAAUAAAAAUUGCAAAAAGAAGAACAUAAUUUUGCAACUUUUUUUAUUUUUCCUUUUUUCUUUUGUAUCAUGUGAACUAAACAGUCUUCUGUUAGGGAAUGGGGUAACGGGGGAUACCUGAUGACAUAACAAUUUAAAUAACAUUAACAAUGUUGCCAAAGAGGUGGUCUCUUUGCUGAAAAUGGGUUUCAAGAAAAAUCUAUUUUUAUAAAAUAUAAAGAAUUUUUACAAGAGAAUCUGGAUUUGAGAAAAAAUAUUUUGACUGGCUAAUUUAGGGGAAAUUGACAACUUUGUCAUGUUCAUACUGCACUGGUAACUUUUUAGAGAUCAAGAUGUGUGUUUUAAACUGGAUUAGUAGAUUGUUUUUUGAAGGAUGGGCUACAAACAGAUGAUCUUCGUAUCUUUUCAUAGCAUGUAAUAAAAAUAUUAAAUACAGUACGGGAGAGUGUUCUUCCCAGGCACGCAGUUACCCACAGUCAAAACCCAAAAGCAAGGAGAUGAGUUGCAAGACGGUUUUUCUUUAAGUCAUCAGUAUGGGAUAUCAGCAGAACAAAAGUUAAAAAAAUUAAUUUUUUGAUCAAAAACUUCCUUGGUUUGAGCAGUAGGUGCUACAAAAUUAUUUACAUAUCUUAGUAUCAUAGUUAAAUGUAAUGUGUUUAGAAAAAAAUACAUUUGCUUUAAAUUUGUUAAGAAUUUUCAAAUUCACUUUAUAGCCCAAGCUAAUAUAAUUGGGCUGUGUUGGCACAUUUGGAACACUGUUUAUGUUGCUUGAAACACUUAUUUAUUUAAUUGCCGAUGUGAUGCAUAUGGCCAAAAUCAAAUAUAGCUAGUUUGGCUAGUCUACUUAUUUGUUUACUUAAACUAUGGGAAGAAGCAUAUUAUUGUGUCAUUUUGUUGUGUGUGUAUGUGUAUAUAUAAUAUAAAUAUAUAUAUAUAUAAAGUUAUUUUUUCUUUUGUUUAAUUUAUUAUAAGUUGUAACACUUUGCUAGUUUUGUUUGUAUAUGUCUUAAAAUGUUUUCUUAUGAUACUUAAGUGACAGAGGUAUCAAGGUAACUUGUGUAGAAAUAUUGUUUGAUAUAUUGUCAUGUUUGUUGUGAAUAUUUUUUCUUACUGCACAGUAGAAAAGAAAACAACUGGGUCUUUAUUUUAAUGUAAUUCAGAUUGGGGAAAACAGAGCUAAGGGAACAAAAUGACUGAGGGGGUGCUCUCCCAUGUCCAGUGCACUGAUCAUUUUAGUAUGUUUGUGCUUUGUACGGUUAUAUAUUUAAAACAAAAAAGGGUCAUGCUCUUCCCUGAGUACUAGAAACAGUUACUCGCUAUGCAUAAUCUAGUUGAUAGUUAAAUUUGCUAUUGCUUUUCUUGUCUUGUUAUAUAAAAUCUUUUCAAUACAAGUUUAGUCUUAAUGGUAAUAAAACGUUAUGGUUAUUUAUAA